UUAAUAUUGUGUCCUCUUAUUUUUACACUUUAUUAAUUUUGUAAAUGUAAUGUCUAUAUAUAUAAAAAGUAUUUCACGUUGGCGAAAUAUCCUACAAAGUUAUUCUAACAUUAAAAUAUAUGCACGUACGUUGGCUCAACACCAUUUUACUUCAGGUGUAGCAAGUUUGAAUACGCCCAUCAAUGCUUUUUAUAAUCAUUAUAUUAAUUUACCUUUGCCAAAAGAUAAAAUACUAGCGACGUAUGUUUGGAUUGAUGGAAGCGGCAUACAUUUGCGUUCUAAGGAUCGUAUAUUAGAGAGAGUACCUUGUGACCUUACCAUGGCCCCAAAAUGGUCAUUUGAUGGAAGUUCCACAGGCCAAGCGAAAACGAACGACUCCGAUACGAUCUUAAUUCCAUGUGCAAUAUAUCGAGAUCCAUUUCGUAAAAGUCCGCAUGUCGUAGUACUUUGUGAAACGUUUCAUUGCGAUGGAACACCUACAGCUACAAAUUACAGAGCAAACUGUGCAAAAGUUCUUAGUAAAAUAGCACACCAAGAACCGUGGUUUGGGAUAGAACAAGAAUAUACAAUGUUUGAUACGGAUAUGUGGCCUCUAGGAUGGCCAAAAUGUCGUGGCUUUCCAGUGAUUAAAUCCAAAUUUUCUUACUGUGGGAAUGGUGAACACAUAGCUGGAAGAGAUAUUGUAGAAUGCCAUGCAAGAGCAUGUAUUUAUUCUGGCAUGGACUACGAGGGAUCUAACGCUGAAGUUAUGAAAGGAACUUGGGAAUUUCAAGUCGGAACCACUUUAGGAAUAAAGGCUGCGGAUGACGUAUGGAUGGGAAGGUAUUUUUUAAACAGAAUAGCUGAACAUUUUAAUACCAUUAUCAGUUACCAUCCAAAACCGAUGGGUAAAUAUCAACCAGGCAUAGGCUGCCAUCACAAUUUUAGUGUUAAAAAAAUGAGAGAUAAUGGAGGAAUACGGGAAAUAGAAAGAGUGUGCAAAAUUCUUUGUGAUAAGCAUACAAAGUAUAUAAAAAACUAUGGACUUGGAGAUGGAAAUGAAAACAAAAAAAGACUAACAGGAAAGUUUGAAACUGCUUCUUUCGAUACAUGCAAAUGGGCAGUGGCAGAUAGAGGAGCGUCGGUAAGGAUUCAAAGAAGAGUUAUGUUAAAAGGAAGUGGUUUUCUUGAAGACAGAAGACCAGCUGGUGAUUGUGACCCGUAUAGAGUUUGCGCUCUUUUAGCAGAAACUUGCCUAAAUUGACUGGCUGGAAAAGGUGUGUCUUAUAAAACAAUUGUAUUUUAUGAAACUUCAUUCACAUUUAAAUUAAGAUGACUGAAAUUAAACGGUAGGCAAAAUU